GAAUAAUCCAUUUUCCAACAGGCUGACCGGAGGUCGCUGAAGAACAAAAAAGUUCAUUACAAGCCCAACUCACAACACGCAUAAGACGAGACGCCCAACCCGAAGCAGCUACAUUUCUCCUCUCAUCUUGUUUCUGUCUGCUAUUCUUUGCUCCGUCUAUCGGCGUUCCAGUUAUCGUCGCUAAUCUGCUCCAACUCCACAACCGAGAAUCAGGAAACUAAAGAAACCCUAAAUCGCUAGAACAACAGAGAAUCUCAACUUCACUGCAGUUCAAUUCUAAUUCAGCCAUCGUAUUUGACUUCCUUGGAUGAUAAUCAGACAGAGACUGGAUUUCUGAAGAUCCUUUGGCAAUGGGAGCGAGUCGGAAGCUACAGGGAGAGAUCGAUCGGGUACUGAAGAAGGUCCAAGAAGGUGUAGAUGUCUUCGACAGCAUCUGGAACAAGGUUUAUGAUACCGACAAUGCAAAUCAGAAAGAGAAGUUUGAGGCAGACUUGAAAAAGGAGAUCAAGAAACUGCAGAGAUACAGAGACCAGAUCAAGACAUGGAUCCAGUCUAGUGAGAUCAAGGAUAAAAAGGUUAGCGCCUCUUAUGAGCAGGCACUGGUGGAUGCGCGUAAGCUGAUUGAACGUGAAAUGGAAAGAUUUAAGAUAUGCGAAAAGGAAACUAAGACAAAAGCAUUCUCAAAAGAAGGGCUUGGUCAACAACCUAAGACUGAUCCAAGGGAGAAGGCUAAAGCAGAGACAAGGGAUUGGCUGAACAAUAUGGUCAGCGAGUUAGAAUCUCAGAUUGAUAGCUUUGAAGCUGAAAUAGAAGGUCUCACCGUGAAGAAAGGAAAGACAAGGCCUCCCAGAUUGACGCAUUUAGAGGCAUCUAUUCAACGACACAAGGCUCAUAUAAUGAAGCUAGAGUUGAUCUUGAGGCUACUUGAUAACGACGAGUUGAGUGCUGAGCAGGUCAAUGAUGUUAAAGACUUCAUUGAUGACUAUGUGGAGCGCAACCAGGAGGAUUUUGAUGAAUUCAGUGAUGUAGAUGAGCUCUAUAGCUCAUUGCCUUUAGACAAGGUGGAAUCCCUUGAAGAUCUUGUACCAAUUGCUCCUCCUGGUCUUGUCAAGGGUGCACCAGUACAUAGCUUGAAGUCUACCUCCCUGACAGUUUCUGCGCCACCCCAAAUACCUACGGCUGUUAGUACCACCCCUGUCCAGGAGCCAGCUGAAGAUACAGCUUCGCAAGACAGCAAUUCUGAAGCUGUUGCUCGAACCCCACCUGCAAAGAGCAGCAUCAUGGGUUCUUCUGUUCCAUCAACCCCAUCUGUUAGUCAUGUAACUCCUGUGAGUGUUCCUGCUAAUCCGUUAUCUGCCAUGAUAGCUGCUCCUGCAGUUAUUCCAAGUCCAUCUCCUGCUCGAGGUGCUGGAGAAAAUGUUGCUGCUUCUAUUCCUUCAUCACCCGCGCUUGGCGAUCCUGGACUAACGAGGGGCAUUGGCCGAGGUGGCCUCACUAGCCAGCCACCGACUAGUAUCCCUCUGACUUCUAGUACAGUUCCUAGCAAUGGAGCUCUUGGUGCAGUACCUUCAGUCUCUGAUGUGACAAAGCGAAAUAUUUUGGGGACUGAUGAUAGAAUUGGAAACACUGGAAUGGUUCAGUCUUUGAAUUCCCCAUUAAGUAAUCGGAUGAUUUUGCCUCAAGCUGGCAAGGCCAAUGAUGGAACUGGUGUAGUAGAUUCUGGCAAUGAAGGUGCUGGGUUAGGUGGCAGAGUCUUCUCUCCUCCUGGCGUGCCUGGCAUGCAAUGGAGACCUGGAAGUUCGUUUCAGACUCAGAACGAACAGGGUCAAUUUCGAGCUCGAACUGAAAUAGCCCCUGAUCAGAGAGAGAAAUUCUUGCAACGUUUUCAGCAAGUCCAGCAAGGUCAUAGCAACCUGCUCGGCAUGCCUCCUCUUCCUGGUGGCAGUCAUAAGCAGUUCCCAACACAGCAAAACCCACUUUUGCAACAGUAUAACUCUCAAAGCUCAUCUCUCUCCUCGCAAGCUACACUAGGGCUUAGCAUUCAAGCACCAGGGCUAAGCAAUGCUACACCCACUACUUUGCAGCAGUCAAACUCAAUCCAUCAACAGUCUAGUCAACCAGUUGUGACACCAAGUGGUUUAAAAGAUAGUGAUGCUAGUCAUAUGAAACCUGAGGAGCAACAGCAAUCACUGAAUUUAACCGAUGACUCAGCCUCUGAAUCUGCUUCUACAACAGGACUGGGUAAAAGUCUUGUCAGUGAUGAUGAGCUUAAAGCUCCCCACCCAAUGGACAAUGUAUGUAUAAAAACUAUAUCGAGUUCUUUGGCAGAGCUGUCUGUUCAAGUGCCAAGAGACACCGAUCUCUCUCCCGGGCAACCCUUACAGCCUUCUACACAAACAACCAGUGGUUUAGGUGUGAUCGGUCGCAGAAGCGUAGCUGACCUUGGUGCCGUUGGCGAUAGUCUCGCUUCACCUGCUGCAAGUCCCGGUCCACUGCAUGACAACAGUUACAAUUUGCAGAUGCUAGAGGCUGCGUAUCACAAACUCCCUCAACCCAAAGACUCAGAACGUGCAAGGAGCUAUAUCCCGAGGCAUCCUGCUAUAACGCCAUCCAGCUUCCCUCAAGUUCAGGCUCCCAUCGUAAACAACCCUGCCUUCUGGGAGAGGCUGACCAUGGAUAGUUACGGCACCGACACCUUGUUCUUUGCAUUUUACUACCAACAGAACACGUAUCAACAAUAUUUGGCUGCAAGGGAGCUGAAGAAAGGAUCGUGGAGAUAUCACAGAAAAUACAACACCUGGUUCCAGCGACAUGAAGAACCCAAGGUUGCCACUGACGAGUAUGAACAAGGGACGUACGUGUAUUUCGAUUUCCACAUCGCCAAUGAUGAUCAUCAGCACGGAUGGUGUCAGAGAAUCAAGACGGAGUUCACGUUCGAGUACAAUUACCUUGAAGACGAGCUGAUCGUGUAGGUGUGCAGAAGUAGUAAGAGUGAUGUUCUCCCUCCCUCUCUUUUUUUUCUUGCGUUUCUCUCAAUUGGUGUACACUAGGAAGGAAAGAGAAUUGGAGAUCGACUCUUUGUAUCCUGUGUGCAUCUAUCAACACAGGGAUCAAAUGCCAUCUAUUGUGUAAACAUGAUCAUUUUCAUUUCAUCUAUAAGUUGGUUAGAACCCCCAAUGAUAAGCCAGCACGUUUCACCAUGUUGCACGGUAGAAUGAGUAUUCUACGUUGGUGACAACGUGGGAUUUCAUGAAGGGUGGCGUCAGCUUAGGAUGGCACCUGCUUCGAUCUUCAAUUUUGUAAAUCAUGCAACCAUGUUGAAACAUAAUGAAAACUCUGGAAUAUAAUGUCUAUUACCUAGUAAAGUAUCGUCC